AUGCUCCGCGAAGAGAUGAAUCACUCAACAAGUCGAGUUUACCGGCGCCAUAAGCGUCCAACUGAAAACAACCGCUUCCAGCGAUGUCAGGCUUGUCUGCAGGCAAACGAAGCAUGUGAGCCACGUAGAUCUACCAACGUCACCUCUAUCAACUUAUGUGCAGACUCGCAUUCACCAGUUCCCAAUGGCUUGCAGGCACUUCCUGCAGACCGCCGAGAAUCGACAACCCCCAGUCCAUUCCAAGGCCAGGAGCAACCAGUCACAGCCGAUCUACCGGAUACUUCUUUUAGUCUUCAAAGUCCUGCAAAAAGCCCCAAGACGCAGUCUCGUUCUCAUGGGUCCGUAGAGGAACAACCCAAGGAAGGCUCCGAAAUGCUUCUUGUCCAGCUGAUGAACUCCGAAGAAUACGAGAACACACCACACUCGAAGAAUGUCUCCAAUAAGGUCAUGUAUUUUGGAAACGACUCGAUCUGGGCCUGGACCAUUCAGAAAGCCCGCGGCGGCAAUUCUCAGCAAUCGGCCAGCCCUGCAUCAGUCAGCACACAGUCUCUGGCAAAUAAUGUCCACUAUCAGGUUCCGACUACUCUAGAUGAACGACCUCAUGAUGUCCCGGAAGGCGAUUUCGAUUUCAAGCAGGAGGAAAUGGACUUGCUGCGGAAGAAAGGCGCCUUUUCCCUCCCACCACUGUUUGUGCAGAAAGCACUCCUUGACGCGUAUUUUCGAUGGAUUUUCCCAAUGCAACAGAUCCUGGAUCGUGAACAAUUUCUCCAAGAUUUUGAAGCUGGUCGGGCGUCUAUACUCCUCCUUCAGGCACUGUACUUUGUCGCGACGACCUGUUGCGAUGACGAGAUUAUCAAGGUAAAUUGGGGAAGCAGACGUUCCGCACAACUUACCCUCUACCAACGAGUCAAAGCUCUUUACGAUGCAGACUAUGAGCAGAAUCGCGUUACAGUGAUCCAGGUACUUUUCUUGAUGACCUUCUGGUGGGGAAGCCCCACGGAGGAGAAAGACUGUAGUCACUGGUUGGCAGCGGCAGUGCGGCUGGCCCAAGCCAACGGCAUGCAUCGCUCAACACAACACUCCUACUUGUCUCUGAAAGAUCAAAAGCUGUGGAAGCGGAUUUGGUGGACCUUUUAUGUGCGAGACCGCUUUGAUGCGGCUUCUCUCGGACGACCAAUGCUGAUUCAUGACGAUGAUUGUGAUGUUGAGCCGCUGGAAGUGGGUGACUUUGAGGGUCCUGCUAACACUGGAACGGAUGAUGAUACCUCCAACAUGCUCGGUGUCCGGCAUUCAAUUGAAAUGGCUAAAUUGGCUAUCUUACUGGGCAAGAUCAUUAAGGCCACGCAGAAAAAUGAGAAUACCGAAACCUUCAGAAAAGAGAUGGAUGCAAAACUCACCGCUUGGGACAAGUGUCUACCGGAACGCCUUAAAUCUUCCGAAGACAACAACCAAGAGGCACAAUUGCUGGCGAACAUGCUAAGCCUAGGCUUUCAUUGGUGCAAAAUCUCACUACAUCGACAAAUAUUCCUAGAGGGAACACCUGAGCAUGACCUUUCAGUGGCACCUGUUUCUGCGAACGCUGUCACUCGAAUCGUUGAGGACUUACUCGCUGAGGGACUUUUCCGUCGUGCCUCUGUACAUCUGAUUGCGAUUUUGUUCGCUUGCCUUACUAUCCAUGUUAUUCAACUACGGCGAAGUGGCGGAUCACGACGCCGGGUUAUAAAGCAUAGGUUACAACUUUGUGUAUUGGCUCUUUCAGAGUUCAAGAACUAUUGGCCGUUUGUGGGGUGGAUGUAUUGGCUUUUUCGCAAGCUGGUGGAAAAGCUCCUGGUUGAGGACAAUCCGUGUGACCAAAGUGGUCCACAGUACGAUGUUCGUAAUUGUCUCAGCCGAUCAAUGCAAUCUGGGGCCCCGGUUGGUAUUCAAAAUGACGGCAUGGUAGCUGAGCGCACCAUUACGACAAUGCCGAUGCCACUCGGUGAGAUGGGUGCACAACACUCCACCAACACCCGCACAGCACCUGAGACCACAUCCGGAGCAGCCUUAUUCGAGAACUUUUUGGAUCCGUUGAUGUCCCUUGACAUGAUGCAAUGGGCUGACUUUCAAGGAGAGCCUUUUGGCUCUUUAGCACUGGACGAUUUGACAUGGCCUUGA